AUGCGAUGCGCGAGCAAGGCCGCCAAGAGCGCGUCUGCACGUCUUUGUGCGGACGCCGAAGCAGAAACAACAGCAACUGAUGUCUCAUCGGUUGCUGAAGCGACCCAGCCUGUGUCACUUGGUGAUGCAGGCGCUGGUCAUGAAGACACUCGUGUCUUCACAGAGUACGAGCUCGGUGUCUCGUACUCUCCUGAUACGGAUGACGGAUCCGUAUCGACGGCGAUCGAAUCCAAGCCGCCUGCCAAGCGUGGCAUGGACGAUGCUUUGCGUCGCAGCAUCUUUGGUUCAUCUGAUUCAUCAGAUGAACCAUCGCCGAAGCGAAGGCGCUCGAGGUCGCGAGACUCGGGCGCUAAUAGUGGUGUCGGUUCUCCUAUGGACACCACUUCGCAACGAGGUGCCAGUACUUCUGUCGGCACGUCGCAGGAAGAGCGGGACCGCAAUGAUCCAUCACUUGACCCCAGCGCGAAAAACUAUCGCGCUGAACAUGAGUUCUUCAUCGAUGCUUUCUUUAGACAUCGAUGGUACAGUGGGAAUCACAAACGUGAUGGUCCCUCACUACUUCAGGCGUGGAACGCCUACAUCCAUAACCUCGAGGAUGUAGGUCGUGACGCUUGGAACGACAAACUUAUCAAAGCUCGUGAUAAGUUUGAAAAGCGAACCCCGACAGGUGCACGCUACAAGCUGCACCGUCUGUCAAGGGAGAAAGGAUUACCCUGCCUCUCAUGGGGAGACUCGUGCCCAUGUUGUGUGAACAACUCUUCACGAGCACCUAAGGAGGCUUACCUCCUUACCAGCCCGUGGUGGCGUGUGCGUGUCUCUACUGAGAUGUACGAAGGGAUUGACAACCUGAAAUCCCUGUACGACCGUGCCGGGAAGACUUUCUCCGGCGGUCCUUCUGCGGCACAGGAUGUGCCGCGUCGUACUGCUCGACCAGACCCAGUACGUCAAUCAUCAGUUGGGAGCGGGGCUCCCAAGAAUCCCAGGACGGGGGAUAGCCGCGUCACCGGACGAGAUAACUCGUCCGACGUCCGUUCACGUCGCGGUGGUUCAACAGCUGCUCAACUAGAUAGCGCUGGCCACCGCGAGAGUCCUCUAAUGGAGGUGGAGGAGGAGGAAAGACGCUCUCCACACGAUCAUGGGGAUCCGUGUGUUCCCGAGAGCUUCUUUGAUCGCGUAACGCAAGGGUUACGCGACGAUCUCGAACAUGAGCGGGACAGGCGUCUCCAAGUGGUGGACACUGUCUUGAAGCAUUGA